UUAACCAAAAAACAUCACACCAUUCACGUGAACCCCAUUCCCGUCUCCCGAGUCCCCACCCCGUCCCGCCGCAUCGCCGCCGGCGAACUCCCGCCCCCCCGCGAGCUUGAGCCCGAUGUGAGAGGCGCCAAACCCCUCCUCCAUGGAUCACGCCGACGAGGAGCCGGCCACCAAGCGAGCCAAGCUCUCCGAUGGCGGCGGCGGCGACCUCCUCAGCGCGCUGCCCGACGAUAUUCUCAUCCACAUCCUGCUCAGGCUCGGCAACGCCGACGUUUCCGCUCGGACCAGCGUCCUCUCCAGCCGCUGGCGCCGCCUCUGGGCCUUCCUCCCGGGGCUCCACUUUCCCCCCGACACCGACCCAGACACCAUACGGGCCGUCCUCGCCGCCCAUGAGGCGCCCGCCCUCCACUGCCUCCGCGUCCUCGCCAGGGACGCCCAUGCCGAUUUCGUGGCGGCGUGGAUCCCCAUCGCCGCCCGCCGCCUCUCCGGCGAUCUGACCUUCAUCAACAUUGCGUCGCCGGACAUCGUGAGGGAUGAGGCCGGGGACAGAGGCGCCUUCGAGCUGCCGUGCUUCGAGAAUGCCACCUCGGUCACCCUCCAGCUAGGGUUCCUUCGCGUCGCAGUGCCGGCCUCUGGCAUAGCCGCCCGGCUCACCGAUCUCCACCUGGAUAACUUCCGGCUACAAGCUCCGUGUGUGCUCGGCGACGUUUUCUCAUCGCCUUUGUGCCCGUCAUUACAAAGACUCGCCAUCCAUGACGCCUCGGGUGUUGACAAAUUCACCAUCAGCUCUGAGUCCCUCCUGGAACUGGAGCUGAUGAAUCUAGACGGUUUGCAGCAGCUCACUGUUGUGGCACCGGCGCUCGAAGAGCUAAGAGUGGCCUUCUGCUUUCUGAAUUUUCGGAAUCCGAAUCAACCGGUUGCCAACAUCUCAGCCCCUCAGCUGGUGUUGCUCGAAUGGAGGGAUGCCUAUGAUCCAUGCUCCGUCCAGCUUGGCGAGAUGCCACACCUACAACGGCUCGGCACUGGCAUUUUUCUUGUAUAUGGACCAGAUGACUUUAAACCCAACCGUGAUUGCCUCAGUUUUUUGGGCCAGUUCAAGGUUGUGCACAGUCUAACCAUCCCGCUGCUCUAUAAUUCGGCCAUAGGUAACAAUCGAUACUUGAUGGAAGACAUGACAAAACUACCUGACAUUACAUUAUUGUGUUUGCCUGUGAUGUCAAAAGGACAUUCCGUUGGAGCCAGCUCGUUCCACAUUCUCAGAGUCUGUACUGGUGUAAGAAAGCUGGCACUAAAAUACUUAGAGGCGCAUACUCCAUGCUCAUCGGGAUGCAUUUGUGACCAACAAACAAUGUGGAAAACGGAGGAACUUGUGCUGGAUGGCCUCCAAGAAGUAGAAAUCAGUGAACUGUCAGGAACUGAACGUGAAGGCGAAUUUGUGCAACGGUUAUUCAGUUGGGCAACAGCGCUAAAAAGAUGACAAUAUCCUUUCAUCACUCGAUUACUGAAAGCAAGGCCAAGGGGUUAUGCCAGAUGUUACAAAGCUUCUCCAGAUCAGGAAUAGAUAUGAAAUUUUAUGUGCACAGCAGGUUGGCCGGGAGGGUUUUGUAUGCUCCAGAAGACUAAGGCAGUGACUUGCUGAUUCUUUUCAAAAGCUACAGGUUUGCAUCGUACCAAUGUUGGCAUGCUCUAGAGCGGUGAUGAGUUCAUGUCAGAGGAUUAUGAUAAUGCUGUCGGGAUUGUCUUUGCCUCUUUGGGUUGUGUGUCCGUGUUUAUUUGUCUCUGUGAUCUGUACGAAACUUUGUAUACCAAAUAAUCAGCUAGUAUCCGCUGCAUGCCCUGAUUUCUAA